AUGACAAGCAACGGACCUGUCAUCGUGUACGAGUGGCUCAAGACACUGCAGCUGGCCCAGUACGUGGAAGCCUUCGUGGAUAAUGGCUACGACGACCUGGAGGUGUGCAAGCAGAUCGGCGACCCGGACCUGGACGCCAUCGGGGUGUACGUCGCGCACCACCGUCACAGGAUCCACGAAGCGGUGCGGCGGCUGAAGGAGGAAGCCAAGGAGGCGGCGAGCGGGCUGUACUUCACCCUGGAGCCCAUGCCGCCCUCCGCGGAUGUGUACACCGGCCACAUGGUGGACCAGUACGAGUCCAAGCUGCGCGCGUCCAAGUCGUGGACCGAACCGGCGCGCGGCGUGGGCUAUAUGGACGCGCACAGGAACCUGACCCUGGGUAACAACAGGAGGGAGCUGGUCAUCUACCCCAAGCUCAAACUCAAGAUCAUGAUCCGGGAUAAACUCAUCAGGGACGGCAUCAAUCUGGCCAGGACGCCCUACUCCAAUAAGGAUGGUUCACUGGGCAACAUAGAUGACCUCGCUCAGGAGUACUCCGAAUACUACAACACCUGCUUCAGCGACGUCAGUGAUCGUAUGGAGGAGCUCCGCAAAAGAAGAGUGUCCCAAGAGCUUGAAAUGGAGAAACAGGAUCCAAACAAUAUCUCUUUACAGCUUCGCACUGAGAUUCAGGAGUCCCUGGGAUUCAGCAGUGAAGUCUCAACUCCAGAAACGGACAGAAAGACCUCCUUGCACAAGUCAAGUUCUGAAGAUGGAUCUGGAGGCAAGUGGGAUAACAAGAAGAAAAACAAGUCUUUCUGGCAGAAUUUCCGCAAAUCCCAACACAAGCCGGUUGUGCGCCAGCCAUCCAAAGGUGAAGACAUUGGUUACGUGGCCAGUGAGAUUACUAUGAGCGACGAGGAGCGAAUCCAGCUGAUGAUGAUGGUGAAAGAGAAGAUGAUCACCGUGGAAGAAGCACUAGCUCGGCUGAAGGAGUAUGAGCGCAGCAGACAGUCCGGCAGUACUGACACUGCAGAGUGGACUGACGGACCUGCAGCCAGUCCAAACCAGUCCUCAAACUGCAACCAAUCUCGCGAGCAGUCCGACGACGAGCAAUUGGAGGAUUCGGUGAAGUUCAAACGGCUGCACAAGCUGGUUAAUUCCACCAGGCGUGUUAGGAAGAAGCUCAUUAAGGUGGAAGAGGGAAAGAAGCAUGGAUCUCAAGAUUUCCUAAAUGUAGAGUGUGUGCCCACCUGUGACGACAACAAAGCGUUGUACACGGGGGUCCUGAAGAAGCACUCGUUGCCUCAGGAGUCCUCCCUCAGCCAAGAUCAACUCUCCGUGGACGGAGACACCGACAGCCUGACCACCUCCCCUUCCUCCAGUAGCUUGGACACCUGGUCCGGACACCGUUUGGUGAAGACCUUCAACAAGUCUUCAAGUACCCACGGCCUCAUCCGCCCGCCGAGGAGAACCCCGGUGGGCUCGGUCCCCGGCGUCGGCGGUAGCGGCUCCUCAUUCUCGGAGUUGGAUGGCUGCGGCUUGGACGAGGAAGGGAAGUUGUCGCGUUCCACAACCGACGGCGAGAUGCGGAAGGCCCUGAGCUCCAUCUCCCACGGGGUAAGUAACAACGAGGCCCUGUACGCCUUUUACGGGCUCACCAAACCCCGCCCCAAAGCGCAGUCCCAACGCCUCAUCCCCCUGGACGAUGACCUCUCUCAAGGCAGCCCCAAAUAUCACACUGCGAGCCGACACUACGGCAACUGGACGCACAGAAAGCCCGACCCCAACUACUCGUACUCCACAAAACACCUUCUGUACCAGCGUUCGCGCAACACCAAGACCCCGUCUUCCCCCCUGUGUGUCACUCCGUCCUCCCCCUCCCGCGGCGACUUAGCCAAAUCGAAAUGUUUCGGCGCGGGAGGGGGUUGGGUGUUCCCCUCCCGCCGGCUGCGGGGUCGGAGCGCAGUCAGUGAGCUGAACAUCACCUACGUGGUAGAGCGGAGCCUGUACGGUCACCUCAACUGGGCUCAGCUGGUCCGCCCGGUCACCCUCAGCCGAGCUGAGCGGCGCUGUCUGUUGGAGGAGGACCGCGAGGCGGACAGGAAGUGGGCGGCCAGCGUGGACCGCUGCACCAAGCGGGUGCUCUUACGCAUCCAGCAGAAGUCUAGAACGUGCAGCUUUGGCGGUUUUGACCUGUCCAACCGAUCCCUCCAUGUUCUCAACACGGGCUCGGACACAAAUAAUAAAGAACAGGAGGCCAUAUACAGAGAGGUGGUCAAGUCUCCCACGACUUCCCGCAUAUCGCUGGGCAAGAAGGUGAAGUCAGUCAAGGAGACCAUGAGGAAGCGCAUGUCCAAGAAGUACAGCAGCUCUCUGUCUGAACAGUCGAGUCCGGAUGGAACACCUGGUUCUCCGCAGUCCUCUCAGCCUGACAGCGACUCCCUGGAGAAGCCCAAACUCAAAGCAGGAGGCUCAGUGGAAAGUCUCCGUAGUUCACUAAGCGGACAGAGCUCAAUGAGUGGUCAAACCGUGAGCACCACCGACUCCUCAGCCAGCAACAGAGAAAGCGUCAAGUCUGAGGACGGCGAUGAUGAAGAGCCGCCUUAUCGAGGGCCAUUUUGCGGACGGGCAAGGGUACACACAGACUUCACGCCGAGCCCCUACGACUCAGACUCCCUCAAAUUGAAGCGCGGUGACGUGAUUGACAUCAUCAGCAAGCCGCCCAUGGGCACUUGGAUGGGCCUUCUCAACAACAAGGUGGGCACCUUCAAGUUCAUUUACGUGGACGUUCUGAGCGAGGAAGAGGAAAAGCCUAAACGGCCAGUGCGGCGGCGGAGAAAGGGCCGACCACCCAAGCCGACGUCCGUGGAGGAUCUGUUGGAACGCAUUAACCUCAAGGAGCACAUGCCCACAUUCCUGUUCAACGGUUACGAGGACCUGGACACGUUCAAGCUGCUGGAGGAGGAAGACCUGGACGAGCUUAACAUCAAAGACCCUCAACACCGAACGCUGUUGCUGAGAGCUGUGGAGCUCUUGCAGGAAUACGACAGCAGCAGUGACCCGGAGCGCGGCGGCCUGUCAGGCUCCCAGGAGAAGCUGCUUUCCGAAGGCCAGGGAUUGGUCGGCGACUCACCGCGGGACUCCGGAUGCUACGAGAGCAAUGAGAAUUUGGAGAACGGCAAGUGCAAAAAGGCGUCCCACUCCGGUCGCUCUUCCGCUGCCCAAUCACCGGACUACCCCUCCCUCCCUAUGACUCUCUCCAGCGAGGCCUUCCAGCAAAAUGCGAAGAACCAGCGCUCCAUAUUCCCUAAGAGUUUGUUUAGCAAGUCCUCCUUGAAGGGCUUCAACUUAUUGGGGCGUCGCAAAACCCAAAGACGAUCCCCUAUUCCUGCCAGUCGCAGCUGCGAGGAUCUGGACGAACCCUUCCAGCCCGCCGGGUCGUGGAAACGCUCUCACUCCUUGGGAGACCUGCACUGGGAGCAGAGAAAGGAUGACAAUGAGGAGGUUCAAGUUGUUAAAGAACAACCCAGUGUGGGCACGAGUAGCCCAGUUCGAGUCUUAAGAGAGGAGAGUUCACCAGCUCGUACGCAGACUCCACCUGUGAGUCCAAAACCGAGAUUGUACAGACCACCUGUUCCCUCGCAACUGCCCUUGAGACCUCCUUGUCCUACAACCCGAGCCCCAAGUCCUCCAGAGUCCACAGUGACACGGACUCAUGCCAAAAAGCCACCGGUACCCCCGCCGGUUCCCGCUAAGAAGUCCAGAGAAAGACUCGCCAACGGGGUCUGCCAAUCCCCGCUCUCAGUACCCUCUUCGCCAUCUCCCACCCCGUCCCCGACGCACUCGCUCACCCGUUCACACCCGAGCAGUCCCGUGACGCGAAGUGGUACCGGUUCAGCCCCGCCUCUUCCUGCGAAAACGCCGAGCACCCCCAGCAGCCCUCGGAACGCCUCUUCGGCAUCGUCCACCGGGGAAGAGGCGGGCGCGUCGGUGACGCCUCCGUGGCUGUCCGACUUGGGGGGCAAGGUUGCUGUGACGAGGAAGGCGUCCCAUUCUAAGAUGAUUCCUGACUUGCUCACCUUGCUGGAACAAAGACUGGAGGCCGAGGGCAUCGAUCUCACGGAAGAGCCUUACUCUGACAAGCACGGUCGCUGCGGCAUCCCCCAGCCUCUGAUGCAGCGCUACUCUGAAGACCUCCAGCAACCUGUAAAGGAAGUGGCUUCCACCAUGGACCAGCUACGAGUCCGAGAGCUUCGCAAACAACACCGCAUGGCUAUUCCCUCCGGCGGUCUGACGGACAUGUGCCGGCGAUCGGCGUCUUCGUCGAGCAAUGUCGGCACAGUCUCUGACUGGCUGGUGUCCAUCGGCCUGCCAAUGUACGCUUCGGCGCUGGCGGCGGCCGGCGUGGACUCGCUAAGCGGCGUGGCCUCACUGACAGAGAGUGGCGCCUGGGAAGCGGGCGUACGCGACCGCGGGCACGCCCGACGACUGGUCAGCGAGGCCCAGCUAGCGGCCGCGCGCCGGGACGCGUAA